AUGAAGUCAUACAUACAAUUCCUCAGCACUUCCGGGCCAGAGACCGAUGGCACCGCCCUGCUCCUACAUUUCGAUGACCAACGCUACAUUUUUGGCCACAUCCAUGAGGGGAUGCAGCGUGCAGGUUUGGACUUUGGCGUUCGCUUCUUGAAAGUCAAAGACUUCUUCUUGACAGGGAAGACUCAAUGGAGCAACACGGGUGGCUUGAUGGGUUUGAUUCUGACAAUGGCAGACGGAGUGAUCGCUGCCACAGCUUCGAAAGCUGAGACCCGUAAACAAAAAGCCGCGAUGAGCAGGAGUGAAGGUAGUGCUGGUUCGGAUUUGAACAGCAGGGAUGCUCAUGUGGAAGACUCUACAUUAAGGAUCCAUGGUGGCCGUAACCUUGCCCAUACGCUGGCUACUGCUAGAAGAUUCAUCUUUCGCCAAGGUAUGCCUAUUACAGUUCAGGAGUUCCAGGAAACGACCCAGUCUUCUGAGAUGCAAUGGCGACCUGAUUACGAGGACGAUAGAAUCAGACUUUGGGCAAUGUCGAUCAAGCCUGAAAUGACAGAUCGAAUCGAAUCAGACAAGCACUCGAAGUCGCCACGGAAGAGAAGUUUGGAUGAAUACAUGGAUGGUCAGCUUCUCUCCAAGACGGAUCAAUCGGGGGAAUUGAUCAAGAUGUCAGACCAAUGGCACCAAGAUCAAGCAUUGCGUCAAAAUAUAGUGACAGAGAUGUUUCAAUCACAAUGGCGUUAUGAUCGUUUGGCAGAGGUUUCCUUAAGUGAAGUAAAGUUGCCUGCAAACAUCUUUGUCCGCGAUCCUGCAACGAAAAAGCUCUCCAGAUACAACGGUCCUUUGCCUGGUGAGUCUUCUGAUGUGUCUGACAUAAAGGUGCUCGUGCGUACAGCAUGGCCUGGGGCCUUGAUCGAGACCUUGCCUCCCACAGAACCUUCUUCGCUCUCGACGUCUUACAUUUUACGGAACCAAAAACAGCGCGGCAAGUUUCGUCCAGCCGAAGCAAAACGACUAGGAGUGAAGCCGGGUCCACUGUUUUCUAAGCUCAGCAAUGGAGAAAGUGUCGCGUCGCAAGAUGGCAAGAUCGUCACCCCUGAGAUGGUGUUGGAACCAGCUAAAGAGGGGAGCGGCGUUGUAAUAGUCGACCUGCCUUCAAAGGAAUACAUACCAAGCUUUCUAAAGAGACCCGAGCUAAAUGUGGAAGAUAUCAUGAUUGGCGUAAGAGCUUUCAUCUGGCUUUUAGGUCCAGACGUUGUCAGUGACGAGCGACUCCUCAGCUUCAUGCAGGAGCGUGCCGACAUGCAGCAUAUUGUCUCAUCUCCUGAUGUUUGUGACAGCGAUAUGAUGAUGCAAUCGGCAGCGAUAGAGUCAAUCAGACAUAACCAGAUCGAUCCCGAUCGUUAUCCUCCCCUCACCAGAUUCCGAAGCUCAACACCUCACAAUGAGGUUAAAGCGACAAGUAGAAACAACGCUUUCAUUGCUGCGAAACAAGGCUUAAUGCUUCACCUUGAACCCACCAUUGCAGUAGACAACGCGCCCGUACGAGCUGCCCUCGACAUAGGCCUCGUAGAGAGAGAGACACCGAAAGAGGUUCUCGUGCAUUCCAAGGAAGCUCAAAAUAUCAUAGCAUCAGAGAGCUACAUAAGGAAGCUUUCAAGUCAAGAUCUACCGAGUCCAGAUGCUGAGAUCAUUUGCCUUGGUACUGGCUCCUCCACCCCCUCCAAACAUCGUAAUGUUUCUGCAACACUUCUCAGGGUACCUGAUCAUGGCACAUACCUACUUGACUGUGGUGAAAAUACGCUUGGACAGCUCCAACGAAUGUACAGCCGUGAAGAGCUGGAGGCGACUUUGAGCGACCUAAAACUCAUUUGGAUAAGUCAUUUGCACGCUGACCAUCAUCUUGGCACUACAUCAGUGAUGAAAGCCUGGUACAAGACGGUCAAACCCAGCAGCAGCUUUGAGAAAGUUCAAGGUGGAGAUCCGUCAACCAUAGCUGACAAUCUUACUAUGAAUAAACUGUUCGUGGUGUCAAAUCCAGAAAUGGCCAACUGGCUGCAUGAGUACUCGUCUGUGGAAGAUUUUGGGUACAAUCAUAUAAUACCACUAGUGACCCCUCACUCAAAGCAUCGUAUAGAGGAUUCACUGAUAUGGAAUGGUAUCGAUGUGGGAUUUAUGACUGCCAAGCAUCCUCAGAUCCGCCGUGCCAUCCGAUCUGCAACAGGUCUCUCAAACCUUCAGUAUUGCGACGUCUCUCAUUGUCAUGGUGCUCACGCCGUGUCUUUGACCUUCCCGACGGGUUUCAAAUUCUCUUAUAGCGGAGAUUGUCGACCGUCUAACCAACUUGCUGCUAUCGGCAAAGGAUCUACAGUGCUAUUGCACGAAGCAACUUUUGACGACGACAUGCAGGCAGACGCAAUAGCCAAGAAACACAGCACGAUGAGUGAAGCUAUUAGGCUUGGCAUGGCCAUGCAAGCACGAAGGAUCCUUUUAACACAUUUCAGCCAGAGAUACUCGAAGCUACCUAAUAUGGACGAUCUGGAUAAAUCGGCCUUAGGCAUAGAAAAUGCGCAGGAUGUGAGCGACGAAGCAGAUGAGGAAGUCAUGCCGCAUGCCAGUUUCCAACGUCAAUUAUCAGCUUCCCAAUUGCUCCAAGUCAUAAAGAACAAAGACAAUGACUCACUCAACACGCCAGAUCAGGAUAAUAUUUCAGCUCCAGAUUCCUCACCAAUUCCAUCACCCACCAACAGAGACAUCAAAGUAGGCAUAGCGUUCGACUACAUGCGCGUUAAAGUCAAAGACAUUAUGUCCCUAGAAAAAUUUAAUCCUGCGAUGCGGGAGUUGUACCGCGAACGGGAUGAAAACGAGGGAAUGGAGCGACCGGAGUCUGCUUUUUCGAAUAUGAUGAAAGAUGAUAUACCCCCUUCAAAGAAGAAGAACCAGAGACGUGAGCAAGAGAAGAACAUGUUAGACAAAGAGCGAGAAGAAGGUCGGAAGAAGAAGACAAAAGCAAGAAACUAA